AUGCCUGUGAAACAGGGUGUGGCGCUAGAAAACAGCACGAGUACUUCGCAACAGGAUCUUCAGAGCUACUCGCAGCAACCAGUGCCUCAGCCACCAACGGCGACGUCCCACAAUCCAUCUGGCCACUACAUUUAUCAGCAACCGCACAGUCCUGUGCCACCGCAGAGCCCAAAGUCGUCGCAGCAGCCGCAGCUCAACUCCUUAGGCUCGUACAGGUCGUCGCAGCAGGUGAACAGGCCGUCGCCGCAGUCGUCGCCCGGGCUGACGAUCCAAGGCAGCCCGUUGAGUUACAGCAACAAUCCAUCGGCACCUCCUAGUCCCACGGGGCAUCCAGGCCCGCCGAACUUGACGGAGAACAUCGACCAGAACAGCUACUUCCUGAACCAGGCGCAGGCAGCGGCGCUGCAGCAGGACUUCGAGCAGUUCACGAUGGACUUGGAGAAUGUGCAAACGGGCUGCAAUCCGGUUUUGGGAAUUCAUUUGCAGAACGACGCGAUGAACGUCGGCGGUGAGCUGGGCAGCGCGGAUGCCGGAUAUUUCAGCACGAGUCCCCAAGUGCCGUAUCAGCCUACGACAACCACCACCACCAGCAACAACACCACCACCACCCAACAACUCACGCCUCAAACGCCAAACACUCCAACGAUCAUCCUCACUGACUUUUCCGGGGCAGACGACCUCACGAAUCCAGAGUUCGUGAAAGACCUCGGUACGGCGAUGAUGGGCGACUUCGACCCCGAUCUUUUCCCAUCGGACGACGCAUUGAGGCAGGGCCUCGAUCCCAUCGAUAUGGAUGGUCUGCAAAUGCUCACCGACCCGACCAUGGUUAUAUCCGAUCCCAGCGCCGAAGCCCAUUUUAGGCGGGAUCGACUUUAA